UCCAUUUGACAUGCUGUGCACUUGUUGACUGUUCAGCCAACAAACCUGCGACCAAACUACUCGUUCUACGGAGAAGGGAGGGACAUUUUCUGGAGGAAUUUAUUAGCCACCUGAGAAACAGACGACUGACAGACGAGAGAACACACCGCAACAGCUACAAUGGCUGAACCCAGAGUCUCUUCCAUAGAUGGGAAGCUGGCGGAAGAGUUUGCUGCUCCCUCCCAUGUCGAUGAGGUUAAGGAGAAGAUGUCUGCCUUCGCCAGGCGUCAUGCGGACGCGGGUCGGCGGGUGGUUCUCAUCACAUCAGGAGGCACAAAGGUUCCCCUGGAGUCGCGUACGGUGCGAUUCCUGGAUAACUUCAGCAGCGGCAGACGAGGAGCCUCAUCAGCAGAGUACUUCAUAGACUCGGGCUACGCUGUCAUUUUCCUCCACAGGCACCGUUCUCUCUACCCCUACACGAGAAUGUUCCUACCCAUUAACCUGCUGGAGGCUCUGCAGUUCAGAGGAGGAGAAGGAGCAUCUGCAACCGGCGGUGAAGUGGUGGUUAACCAGCAGCUGCUUCCAAACAUCGCCAAAGUACUGAAGAGGUAUAACGAGGUGAAAGAGGGAGGACUUCUGCUGCCCAUCGAGUUCAACACUCUGUCAGAGUAUCUGCAUUUGCUGAAAGCUGCAGCACAGGAGCUCAGCUCAGUAGGAUCGUUGGCCAUGUUUUACUUGGCCGCUGCUGUGUCUGAUUUCUACAUCCCUGCAUCAGAGAUGCCUGAGCACAAAAUCCAGUCUUCCAACGGGCCUCUUCAACUCAGCAUGAAAAUGGUCCCGAAGAUUCUGUCCCCUCUAGUCAAGGACUGGGCCCCGAAAGCUUUCGUCAUCUCCUUCAAGCUAGAGACCGACGCAUCCAUCCUGCUCGACAAGGCUCGCCGAGCUCUGGACGCUUACAGGCACCAAGCAGUGGUGGCCAACAUCCUGGACUCCAGACGGGGUCAUGUGGUGGUCGUGACCCCCGACACUCAAACCGAGCUGACCCUCGACGAGGACGACACGAAGAAUGAGGUGGAGAUCGAGGAGAAGAUUGUCAGCAACCUGAUAUCAGCUCAUACCAAGUUCAUAAACCAACCAAUCGGCUGACAGGCUGGUUUCAUCUGUGCCGAUUGAUCCUGCUUAAGUUUGUCAUUUAUUUCUGUUUCUCAGGCUGAUUCCAGAAGCUUUGCAAUGACUGCAACGAUAAACUUAAAUUCCUUUGUCCGUCUGUAAAUUUUUCUAGAUUGUUUAAGAAACAUCUCUGCAAAUAGACAACAUAGAUUUUAAAACUUUUUAUUCAAGUUGGAAAAGUCCUGUUUUAUUUUCAGCUGUUUUAAUGUAACGAUUAGGAACGGCGGCGGACAAACACUCGGCUACUUGAGCUUGGUGCUCUUCUUGACGCCUGCACGAAUACCCGACAUCUCCCCGCUGUACCGCUGCUCCUCUCGCCGAACGUCUCGGACCUGGAAAGCACGAGCAGCGUCGUUACGCCAAGGGCUCCGACUAAUAAAUACUUUUAGAGAUUUUAUGAGGCACUUCAAAGUUUGUAAACAGGUUUAUUGCUGGAACACAAACCUGGCCCUUUCUGCGGAUCUUGGCCCGUCUGAACUUCUCUCGGUGCUUGACUCUGGGAUUACGGUCGAUCUUCUUCCUCUUCGGCGUCAGCCCCUUGUUCUUCGCCAUCUGAAAGUUUGACAGAUCUGUUAGAUUUGUGUAAAAACUCCACAACUCGAGAAAACUUUGUAAAUGCUCUGCUAUAAAAUACUUUGAUGAACUGCAACUUUUAUUUUUGUGACAUACAAAAGGAAAGAUUUGAAAAACAGAAUAUUAAAGUCCUUAAAUAAAAAUAUAAAACCAUGAA